AUGGAAUUUCCAACUAAACCGGAAGCUGAUAAUGUUAAAGUUUCAAAUUCAACAACAUUUUCCGCUUAUACCAAUACUUUAAGUCCCAUGUCACCUAGAAAAACGGGGAGUAUUAAACGAAAACAUUCACAGAGUCAAAAGACUACUAUUAGCAAUUAUCCAAAUGUAGGAGAGUUACUUUGGGACAAUGGGAAAAUGUAUAGUGAUGUUAGGUUAUCGUUCGAAGAUCGAGAAGGUUUGGCCGUUCGUGCAGGAAUACCUUCGGAGCUUCGAUUGCAUUCUAUAGUCUUGUUUCAAUCACAAUUCUUUAAAGAACAACUUUCACAAACGUCGUCAAACAUCUCAUCGUUACCAAAAUCUAACAUGAGAAAAGAAAAACAGAUCAUUGUUAAAUUGCCAUAUCGAGUUAACGAGGAAGAUAUGGUUAAUUUUUAUUGUACUUUAAAAUUAAUGUAUACAAAAAAAUGGGACUCAGAAUUAGCAAAUAAUCUAGCAAAAGGAGUCGGAUGUUUGUCUGUUUGCUGGGAAAUUGGAUUUCACGAAGGAAUCGAAGCUUGUUGGAAAUGGUUGGUACGAAAAUGUAAUCGAGAUAGAAAUAAGGAAAUGAUGAAAAAAUUAAUAGAUGCAUAUCCGAGAUUACAUGAAAAAUUUACUCACCAAGUUGAUCUUGUAAAUAAUUCACUGACGGAAUUAUUUUCGGAUACUUCAUUACAAAGAGCUCCAAGUUUAACAAAGAGUUCUAGUAAAAAAGCACCUACUUUACCACGACGAUCAACGCGACGCGAAAAUCGUCCAAAAGCUACACGUCGAAUAGCGAAAACUGGUGAAUCCGAACAGACAUUAUUAGCGCCCUUGUUAAAAUCAGAUAGUGAUACAUCAACUUCGACAUCUACCAACUCAUCAAUAUCUCUAAAAGUUUCUUCAAUAUCCUUAAAAGAUUGCUAUU